UGGAUACACAGUCAUCCCUUGGGUUUAGAGUUUGGAAAGAUUCGAGUAGAAUCACAUCAAGCAUAAUGGGGAGCAUCACCAUAGUAACAACUUUCCUCUUCCUCAUCAUCACUACAUCCUCUGUGCUGGCACGACCGCACAUCCGACCCCGUCUUACAUUGGCCGACUUAGACAAAGAUGGCGCUAUACCACAGGACAAUCUUGCUGAUAUUGACGAAACUAUCGAGGAAAUACCUCAAGAUGUUCGUUUUGAAGUGGUCGAUCUACCGUCGCAUUUCAACACCUAUGAUCAGAACAAUGACGGAAAGGUUAGUCUUCUGGAGCUAACGAUCGUAACGGGAACAAAAAUGUCAGAUGCUAUGAGCCCUUUCAACGCAGCAGAUACAAACCAUGAUAAUAGAAUAUCAUUUAAAGAAUUCCAGGAAGCCCCUUGGGUCUUAAGUGUGUCACAAGAACUCGAGUUUCUCACCAAAUUAGAUCGCUAGUUGCUCUACAAAGGAAGAUCAACUCUGAAAUUGCCAGUCUUCAGAAAAGGGAAUGAACUCCGACAAGAGGUCAUCGUACUUUUUUUUCCCAAGGUUUGGUUUUCCUGAGUGGAAAUGAAACUCUUAGUAUGCCCGUAGAGCUUCAAAAAUGAGAGCAAAUUUAAGAUGCAAACUUGAAAAACAUUACUGCUAUAUACCAUUUAGAGAGAGAGAAAAAAAAAACCUCGAGAGCCCUCGAGACUUGCAUGAUGUUAGGUAUUGUUGAUGUCUUUCUAUUGAUAUACCCUUAAAAUACCCUAAAAUCGAUGCUGAACGACUGUCUACUACAUUCUUGACAGCUUCCCCUGCAUGGGUCAACUUCAUCUCAGUAUUAUGAAUAUUGUUUAAAGGACAGGCCCAUCCCAACAAAAAGUUAAAUUGAGUAAAAGGAGAAAAAUCCAACGAGCAUAACAUUGAAAAUUUCAUCAAAAUCG